UGGCUGACCCGCUGAUGCUGGCGCUGCAGCUGCUGGCGGUGGGCCUGUCAGCGCUGGCGGGCGCUGAGCUGCUGCCCGGGGUGCUGGGCGGGUGCGCGGAGCCGCUGCUGCCCUCCUCCCCUCGGGAGCUGCUGCCCUCCUCCCCUCGGGAGCUGCUGCGGGCGGUGCUGCGACUGGUGUGGCCCAUUCAGGUGCUGCAGACGGCCCUCUGGCGCGCCAGCACCGCCCACCCCCCCACCUCCACCCCCACCUCCACUAACACCCACUGCCCCAGUGCGGAGGGGCCCGCUGCUGCUGCUGCUGGUGGUGAUACAGGCAGCUUGCUGUUGGGACUGUACGACACUGCCUUGCAGGAGGUGCAGGAGGUGCAGGGGCAGCCGGCGGGCGCAGCGCAUGAUGACCCCCACCCCCACCCCCACAAGCAGCAGCAGCACAACCACCGGCCCCACCCGGAGGGCGGUGAGGAGCCCGGCAGCAGCAGCAGCAGCAGCACCGCCGCCACUACAACCCCCAGCAGCAGCAGCAGCAGCGAUGGCGGCCUGAGUGCGGCGCUGCUGCCCUUCCUGGUGCGCAUGUACGCACUGGACUGCGCACUGGCCAGACAGCAACCUGACCCACGGGUCGCGGCGGAGUACUCCGCCCUGCCGCUUCCGCUACCGCCGCAGCCGCAGCAGGUAUCGGGGCCGGAGGUGCACCAUGCGGCAGCAGCAGCGGCGGCGCUGGCGGGGCGGCUGGCGGGCGGGUUGGGGUUGCAGCAGGUGAGUGCGGCGCUGCGGGAGCCGCUGGGGCUGGCGCACCGCAGGGCAGCGGAGGGGGCGGACGCAGCAGCAGCUGCAGGUGGUGCAGGUGACGGUG